AAAAAUGAAAUGAAAUUGUUGAUGAUCCCUGUACAUAAUAACUUAUUUUUAAAUUUUGCAUUUAGUUUUAAGGAUUUUAAUAAUUAGUUUCGUGUAUAACCUAAAAGUGCAAAAAUGUCCAGAGACAAAGAUAGUUCUCGUUCAAGCAGUUCGGAUUCAGAUACUGAUAAGGAUAAAUCAAGUAGACGUUCUAAAAGUAAAAAGAUGCCUGGAAAAUCUAGAGAUUCAUCAGAUAGAAGAGAAAGUAGCCGCCGCCGAUCGCAUUCCCGCCAACGGUCUUACUACCGUUCAAGAUCUAAUUCAAGAGAACGGAAAAAAUCCAGAAGUGACUCCAGAAGACAUAAAUCUAAAUAUGAUAGAAAACACAGAGAUAGAUCAAGAGAUCUUUCCCCAAUUUCUGAAAGACACGGUAGACGCAGAAGAAAUGGCUCUCAUAGCAGACACAGCAGUAGACGAUCUAAUUCUAGAGAGAAGUUUUCAAAACGACGGCGACGUUCUCGUAGCUCAAGCUCUCGAGAUUCGCAUUCUAGUUACAGAUCAAGACGAGGAAAGAGAAGGUCAUAUUCGUCAAGCGAUUCUGAGGAUUCAAAGUCAAGAUCAGGAAGUAUAGUAAAAAGUGAAAUGAAAAAGAAAAGGAAUCACUCCCAUUUGUCUGCAGAUAUUACAAACAAAAUUGCAAAAGCUGUUGAACAAGCUGCUUCAUCUGUUUUAAACAAAAUAACAAGUAUACCUGAUACUGCCAGUGAGCCGAUUGUAAUAGAAGACGAUGUUCUGGAUGAAAUAAACAAUGAUUCUUUUGUAUCCAAAAAAUUUGUUUCUCAGGCUAAUAAAAAAGAGGCAAUUAUUAAAAAGGAAGAAAAACCUGAAAUAAUGCCAGUAGUUGAAUUGGAUACUGAAGAAUGUUUAAUUCAUCCUAAUUUAAUUAUUGAUGAAACGAAGAAACUGAAGAAUUGGAUUAAAAGCUUAAAUCAGCUAAGAGGCCGCCUGCAAAAUUCCUGAUAAAUG